UCGAUGAGCAUAAUUUAGUUCAUCGACAAUUACCGAAUUAGUUAAAUUGAAUAAAAUUAGACAAAUGUCAUUAAAUCUAACAAUCUCAAUAAUUUAACUGCCAAAAAAUUCAAAAAACUUAGGCUCUGUUCGGUAACAUUUUUAAAAGUGAAUUUUUAUUUUUUUAAUCAAAAUUAUAAAAACAUUAUUUGAAAGUAAUGUUCGGUAACUAAUUUUACUUUUUGUUUUUUUUAAUUUAAAAUCAAAUUUAAACAAAUUUUAAAAACAGAUAUUUCAUGAUUUUAAAAAUUUUAAAAUCACUUUUUUCUCAUUUCCUUCUCUCUCUCUGGAUCACUCGCUUUGCUCGGUUCCAUUCCGAAAAUUCAUCAAUGGCUUCAGCUAUUCCAGAGAGUUAUCUGGUCUAGUUGAUCGAUCGUAGGUGAUGGAAUUAGGUGGGAAUCUAAGGGAAGAGCAGCUACCUAUUUAUCAAGACCCUCCUUCCUCAUAAACCCACUUUGCUUUGAGGUUUGAUCCAAAUGCUACUAGCUUUUAAAAUGUAUAUUAUUGAUUGAUAUUAGAGGCUUACAUUACAAUUAUUCUAAUAAAACUUUGUAGCAAAACUAUUCUACUUAACAAAAUACCAUUGAGUACUUGAUGGGUUUGUGGUUCUUUAGUGUUUGUCUUGGUGUAAGCAAAUUAGGAAAAAGGAUACCAGAAUUAGUAAAAGAAAUUCAGUUCUGGGUUUGUGGUAGUUUUGUUCCCAACAUUAAAUGUCCCUGAGUAUGAAUAAAUGCUGAUUUAGUUUAAAUAAGAAAGUAGAGAAUUUCAUCCUUGUUAGGAAAAUAUAUACCAACAUAGACUUUAAAUAGAGAACUAUUCAAGUGGGAAAAUUCAGAUUAUGAUAUGAGAAAGAAAAUUAACCCAAUUAAAGCACUAAAGAAAAGGUAACAAACAAUAUCUGUUGUAAUCUUACCUCUGUUUUUCCUAAAAUAAAGUCCAACAAUAUCCUCUGUUAAGCUAUGAGGAUGAAGACAAUGGACUUCUGUUUCUUUUAAUCUUAUUAUCCAUAAUAUCCUAACUGAUUGAUUUUGGUCCUGUGCUUUUGUCUUCUUGUUGAUGGAGACUAAGCACAAAUUAUGUGGCAAUUGGUCUCGUUUCAAUUUCAUUCUCACUUGUGUGAUACUAAGAAAUAGUCAAGUCAGUCCAUUUGGUUUUAUUACAAUUUUCUAUCAAUGCCUUUCAUUGCUUUAUUGCCACUUUAGUGGUUGGUUUGAAAAUUUAAGCAUUAAUCUUUCUUACUGAAUGUAUGGCUUUCAGAGCUGUAUAAGAUGCAUGCUACUGGUAAAUUUUUAGUUGAAGGUUGCUUGAUGAAAUUGGACUUCCUCUUAAGUUUUUGUUAUGUCAUUGCAGUGAAUUUUUUUGUUUUUCUUUUAUAAGACCAUUUUGUUUUUGAUAAAUACCGAGUAGAUAUUUCUUUAUAGAUACAGAAUGUAUGGUUUCUAAUUUAUAGUUAUUCUGACUUUUUGUGCCUCUCAUAUCUUCAUACUCUCAUUUUUUGAUCUUGUGACUUAUCUGGUUGCUCACUUUAUUAUUUCCUUCCUUCUUUAACAGUUCAUGUUGAGCUCACAAAAAGGAUGUAGGAUUAUUUAUUCAUUUUGUUAAUGAGACAGGACAUUUUCGUUUAGUUAGAAAUAUAUGAAACUAACGUCUUUAAAACAAAUCAUGAGUUCCAUGAGUCUAUGAUUUUUUCGUCAUAUCUUUAAGUGAAUUAAUGCAUCCAUAAUAGAAAAAGGUUGGAGGUGCUUUCACACGCUUUUGGAUGAAUAUAAGCUUUUCAGAAGCAGAUGUAUAACUAUUUUUUCUUCUGUUUCACCAUUGUAAUUGUAAUUCAUUUAGAGGUUCUGACACACGUCAACCAUGGGAUUAAAGAGCUCAUAUUUGUACAAGGUCUUAUAACUUUCAUGAUAUGUGUAAAUAUUAUUGUAAUGCUUGCUAGAGCUCUGUCAUUUGUUUUUUUGGCAACUUGAGUUUGAUACUGUAUACAUGCCAGUCAAAUUUAGGGAGUUUUUCUUUACUUAUGGGCUACUGAUAUUGUUUAAAGUGAGAAUAUGAAGAGAGAAUAGGAGAGUAUCAUAAGUCUAGUAUAGUGUUGGGUAAGGAAAAUAAUAACUGCUUGAAUGGGCUUCUGUAGAGUGUAUUAAAUAUUGAGAUAAAUCAAUCAUUUUGUCUGUGAUGAUGUUUACCGCAUUAAUAAAUAAAAUGCAUGUAUCCCUAAGUGACAAGUUGUUAUUUGAUUGACAUGUUUAGGUUUUGAUUCGACUCACUUGAAAAAAAAAAUGAUGAUAUGUUUAAUGCUAUAUUCUUCACUGUAGUUUGAUUGUUUCAUUGUGCUUUGUUUUUUUCCCUUUUAAAGUAUAUUUUAAUGAUGAUAUGUUUAAUGUUAUACUAAUUUCUUUUUUCAAAAGCUAAUGAUAGUGUUUAGUGGAAUGGGAAUGCAUCACUAGUGAAAAUUUUGUGGCCAUGAUCUAUUCAAGCUUUAAACAAUUAAUAAAAUUUAAAUAAAAUACAUAACUUGACCUUUAGUUAUUACUUAUUAGUAAUUAAUAAUACUAAACCAAGCUAUGGAGUUGUAGCUUUUUUGCAAAUGUUGAAAAUAAAAAUACUUGCUCUGUUGGAGACCUUAAAAUUACAUCAUUGUGUUUAUUUAUUAAUUAUUGUGUUUAUUUAUUUUUGAGGAAUUUUAGGAUUAGUCUUGUAAUUACAUGUAGAUUGAGUAGAUGAUAGGAGCAGAUAGUGAGGUGCUUAUUAUCGAUAAUAGUGAAGCUUCUAUUUGGCCUCAAAAACAUGAAGAGGUUUUUGUGGGACUUAUGGAAGAAGAAGUUUUGAAGGGAAAUAGGAAUACUACAACUUUCACAAAGCAAUCAUGGAAGCAUAUAAAGGAGGAACUUUGUGCACAAGUGAAAAGAAGCUACACUAAUUUGCAACUAAGGAACAAUUACAACUUGUUAAGACAAAAGCACAAGGAUUUCAAAUCUUUACUGAAAGAGACUAGCAUAGGAUAUAGUGAAGUGACUGGACAAGUUACUGCGCCAGAUAAAGUGUGGGAUAGGCUUAUUCGGGUUAACAAGUCUGCUAAAUUUUUUUAGAAAAAAGGGUUGUGUACUUUAUAAAAAAUUAUGCACCAUUUUUGGUGAUACCACUGCAACUGGUUUCAAUGCUCAUCCUUCAACUCGAAGUCCUUCUAUAGAUCUCGAUAAUAAUGAUGAUGAUGAUGCUAUGUCAAAGAGUCCAUCUGUUAGGAAUCAAGAGAGUAGUUUUGAUGAGGAUGGUCGCAAAAGAAGAGAUAAAUCAACUGGCACUACGAGUUCUCGAUCGGCAAAAAAAGCAAAGUUCUCACUUGCAUUGGCAGAAACAUUGACGGUAUAUAAUGAAACUGCAAAGCGAAAGAUAGAUUUGUAUGAGAAUUCAAUGACAUUGACAAAACAUCACUUAUUGGAUGAGUGUAUUGAAGCUCUCAAUCAAAUUGACGGAAUUAGUGGAGAAGUAUACGCGAAGGCUAUUGAGAAGUUUGAGAGCGAGGUGUCUAGAGCAUUAGUUUUAUUUGCUUGCGCGGAGUACAAUCGAUUAUAUCUAACUAAGGAACCGUGUAGAAAUUCGGCCCUUUCAGGACAUGAGUAUGUAAUGGAAGUGUUGCAUGGUCACGAGAGUAGGUGUUAUGAUUUAUUCAGAAUGGAUAAGGACGUCUUCAUAUUAUUUUGUGGUGUUCUAAAAGAAAAAAAUUUAUUGAGGAACUCCCGUUAUCUUUCUGUUGAGGAGCAAGUUUCUAUGUUCUUAUUUGUCGUUGGACAUAAUGAGCGACAUCGUGUAGUUGCUGAACGAUUUCAACACUCCACCUCAACUAUAUCUGAAUACUUUAGGAAAGUCUUGAGGGCAGUAUGUCGCUUAUCCAAAGAGUUAAUUACUCCACCUUCGUUUGAUGUAGUUCCUCCAGAAAUUCGAUUCAAUCCAAAAUACUAUCCAUUUUUGAAGAAUUGUGUCGGAGCUAUAGAUGGGACCCAUAUCUCUGCUCAUGUUCCCAUUGAUGAACAAAUACCAUAUCGAGGCCGGAAGGUGGAUACAACUCAAAAUGUCAUGUGUAUAUGUUCAUUUGACAUGAAGUUCACAUAUGUUGUUGCUGGAUGGGAAGGAUCGGCUAAUGAUGCACGAAUUCUUUCAGAAUGUGCCACAAACCCAGAUUAUGAAUUUCCAGCUCCACCCAAUGGAAAAUAUUAUCUGGUUGAUUCUGGAUACACAAACAUGCCUGGUUUCCUGUCCCCAUAUCGAGGGGAAAGAUAUCAUUUGAAUCAAUAUGCAGAUCGUAAUCCUUUAGGAAAAAGAGAGUUGUUCAAUUAUCGACAUUCGUCUUUGAGAAAUGUCAUCGAGCGGUGCUUUGGCGUAUUGAAGGCUCGUUUUCCCAUUUUAAAGCAAAUGCCUUCGUAUGAUCUGAAAAUACAGAAGUACAUUGUGAUUGCAUGUUGUGGGAUUCCCAAUUUUAUAAGGACGAAUGCAGAAAAAGAUAUAUAUUUUGAUGGAGAUGAAGACAUUCCCGAAGUACAAGAUACUACUAUACAAAGCACUCACGAAACUUUGAAUGAUAGUGUUGAGUUUAGCAUUUCAAGAGAUCAAAUUCGUGAAAUGGCUAAUGUUCGUGAUGAAAUUGCUGAUCAUAUAUGGAGAGCAAAUCGACGAUGAAGAUAAUGAGUGAAGUUUAUUAAUAAUUAAAACUUUUUAAAUAUUUUGUUUCAAGAUUGAACAAUUAUUAGUUCAUAUUUUAUUAUGAUUUUGUCAGUUUUGUGUUAUAGAUAAUGAGUUUCGUGAUUCAAA